CGUUAUCUGCGUCUCGCUGAGCCAGAACAAGCACGGGCCUCUCCUGCCAAGGCACAAACCUGUCGGAUUGGUUUUCCCCCCUGGCCACGGCAUCCGUGUGUAACCUUGAGCUUCCCUCCCAGAAGAAGCAUAUGGAAGAGGGCGGGCGCCCCGGCUGGACGCGCUUUUCCAGAUGGAUAGAGCUCCUCGCGGCUUCCUUCCUGUGACCUGAACUGGCGUAGAGGAUUGGAGGUGCUGGGCCCAGUCUAGGCUCCUCUUCCCCGGGGUUCCCGGAAUCACCCGAGUGCUGAAAGAUGUUGCGAAAGAACAUGUUGGAGGCAUUGGCUCGAGGGGCCCUGACUCCUCCUCUUCGUCUGUCCUUAAUAUUGCUCAGAUCCCGCUCCACCUCCGCAGAUCACCACCAUGUGGAGCUGGCCAGGGAGAGGUCCAAGACCGUCACCUCCUUCUACAACCAGUCCAGCAUCGACCAGGCGUCAGUGAAGCCGUCCGUGCGUCUGACUCCCACCACCAUGCUGUACUCGGGCCGAUCUCAGGAUGGCAGCCACAUUCUGAAAAGCGCACGAUAUUUGCACAAGGAGCUCCCCGUCCGCAUUGCUCACAGAAUUAAAGGAUUCCGCAAUCUGCCCUUCAUCAUCGGCUGCAACCCCACCAUCCUACACGUGCAUGAGUUGUACAUUCGCGCCUUCCAGAAGCUGAGCGAGUUCCCGCCGAUCACAGACAACGAGGUGGAGAGUCAGUACUGCAAGCUGCUCCGGCAGCUCCUCGAUGACCAUAAGGACGUUGUGACUCUGCUGGCCGAGGGGCUGAGAGAAAGCCGCAAGCACAUCCAGGACGAGAAGGUGAUUCGCUCCUUCCUGGAUAACACAUUAACCUCCCGCCUGGGAAUUCGGAUGCUGGCGACGCACCACCUGUCCCUGCACGAGGACCGGGCGGAUUUUGUGGGCAUCAUCUGCACCCGUCUAAGUGUCCUUUCAUUAGUUUUGUGCCCUGAAGUCUUUCUACUUUUUAGGCGUCUGUGUGAACACAAGUACGGGAACGCCCCUCCGGUUGGAAUUAACGGUCACGUGGCAGCGCGUUUCCCCUUCAUCCCGAUGCCGCUGGAUUACAUCAUUCCGGAGCUGUUGAAGAACUCCAUGCGGGCCACCAUGGAGAGCCACCGCAACUCGCCCUACAACGUCCCCGAGAUUGUCGUCACCAUCGCCAACACCGACAUCGAUCUGGCCAUCCGGAUAUCUGACCGAGGAGGCGGAAUACCCCGCGACCAGCUGGAGAAAGUGAUGGAUUAUCAUUUCACCACGGCGGAGAGCACCACUCAGGACUCCCGCGUCACCCCAGCUCUCGGCAAUAUGGUGGAUAUGGUGAACAGCGGGCAGUCGGGGCCCAUGCACGGCUUUGGCUUUGGCCUGCCGACCUCCCGGGCGUACGCCGAGUACCUGGGCGGUUCCCUCUGCAUCAAAUCUCUUCAGGGCGUCGGAACGGACGUUUACCUGCGUAUCAAACACAUCGACGGGAAGGAGGAGAGUUUCCGCAUCUGAGGAGGAGAGUCCGGAGUCUCUACAGCUUUUAUCCACAGAGGAUCGGCUGCAUUGUCCCAUACAACCCCACCUACCACCACCACCAUCCUCA